AUGCGUAUUAAUAACUUAGAAUACCGCAGGAAUUGGUUGUUGCUCAAAGCCCAACUCCCUCCAGGCCAAGGCCGAGGCGAUGCUCGUACCCAGCAGAAGAGUGUGGGACGACGCUUCUUUACGUCCAGCAAAUUCAAUAUGGCGGCGGUCAAGAUUGAUGGCACUACAAUUGCCAAAAACAUCAGGGAGCGCCUGAAUGUCGAGAUUCAGAAGUCACAGGAAACCAAUCCUAGGUUCAAGCCUUGCUUGGUCAUUUUCCAAAGCACUUAUGUGCGCAUGAAGCUGAAGGCUGCUGAAGAGGCAAAUAUACACUGCAAACUCCACAAAUUCGCUGAAGAUAUCAGCGAACCCGAACUGCUUCAACAAAUCUCACUCGCAAACAACGACCCGAGCGUGCAUGGCAUUAUCGUCCAAUUACCUCUCCCAAGCCACCUUUCCGAACAUACUGUUACAUCUGCUGUCGCUGCGGAGAAAGAUGUUGACGGCUUUGGAGCUGUCAAUAUUGGAGAGCUGGCCAAGCGAGGAGGCAAGCCUCUGUUUGUUCCAUGCACCCCCCAGGGAGUAAUGGAACUCCUUCGUACCACUGGAGUUGAGCUGGCCGGCAAAAAUGCCGUGGUUUUGGGCAGAAGUGACAUUGUUGGAAGCCCUGUCAGCUACUUGUUGAAGAGCGCGGAUGCCACUGUCACUGUCUGCCACUCGAAAACCAAAAACUUGGAAGCCAUUGUCAAGGAUGCAGAUGUCUUGGUUGCUGCCAUUGGGAAACCCGAGUUUGUCAAGGGUUCGUGGCUUCGACCGGGCGUGGUGGUCAUCGAUGUUGGCACCAACUACAUUCCCGACGCAACGAAGAAAUCAGGCCAACGGUUGGUUGGCGAUGUUGAGUUUUCUUCGGCGAGUGAAGUCGCGUCGCAUAUCACUCCUGUUCCUGGGGGCGUUGGACCUAUGACCGUAGCCAUGCUUCUUCAGAAUGUGGUUAAUUCCGCAAGAGCCUAUUUCGAGAGGCAAAAGGAUAGGCACAUCACACCUCUACCUAUCAAGCUUCAAAGCCCAGUCCCCUCAGACAUCGCCAUCUCUCGAGCCCAGCGACCCAAGCCUAUUACCCAGAUUGCCGCAGAGGUCGGCAUUGAACCGCACGAGUUAGAGCCAUACGGACAUACCAAGGCCAAGGUUAGCCUUGAUCUUUUAGAUCGUCUAUCUCACCGCCGCAACGGACGCUAUAUUUUGGUGUCCGGAAUCACCCCAACCCCUCUGGGGGAAGGCAAAUCGACCACGACUAUGGGUCUCACACAGGCUCUUGGCGCCCAUCUCAACAGAGUAGUCUUUGCCAACGUCCGACAGCCCAGUCAAGGCCCUACCUUCGGAAUCAAGGGCGGUGCAGCUGGAGGAGGAUACAGUCAGGUCAUCCCUAUGGACGAAUUCAACCUUCACUUGACCGGUGACAUUCAUGCUAUUACGGCUGCAAACAACUUGCUAGCAGCUGCUAUCGAAACGAGAAUGUUCCACGAAUCCACGCAAAGCGACGCUGCGCUGUAUAAACGGCUAGUGCCAGUCAAGAAGGGGAAACGUGAAUUCCAAAGCAUCUUCUUCCGACGAUUGAAGAAAUUAGGGAUUUCAAAAACGGACCCAAACGACCUAACACCAGAGGAAAUCAACCGCUUCGCAAGAUUGGAUAUUGACCCGGAGACCAUUACCUGGCGGAGAGUCCUGGACGUGAACGACAGGCACCUGCGUACCAUAACGGUUGGCCAGGCUGCAACCGAGAAAGGCCACACUAGACAGACCGGCUUUGAUAUCUCCGUUGCAAGCGAGUGUAUGGCCAUCCUCGCCCUUAGCAAUGACCUUGGCGACAUGCGAGAACGCCUUGGUAGAAUGGUGGUUGCAACCUCUAAGAACGGCGAUCCUGUCACUUGCGACGACAUUGGCUGCGGAGGCGCCCUCGCAGCGCUGAUGAGGGAUGCAAUUAAACCAAAUCUCAUGCAAAGUCUCGAGGGAACGCCAGUGUUCGUCCACGCUGGGCCCUUCGCCAACAUCAGCAUUGGCGCCAAUUCCGUCGUGGCGGACAAACUCGCCCUGAAACUGGCAGGCACAGAGCCAGACGAGGACCACGAGGAAAAGACCGGGUUCGUCGUCACCGAAGCCGGCUUCGAUUUCACCAUGGGCGGUGAGCGGUUCUUCAACAUCAAGUGCCGCUCGUCAGGCCUCGUUCCGGACACGGUGGUCAUCGUCGCCACCGUCCGAGCCAUCAAGGCCCACGGAGGCGGGCCCCCUAUCGCCCCCGGCGCCCCGCUGGCUGCAGAAUACACGACCGAAAACGUAGAACUGCUACGAAACGGCUGCGUCAAUCUGAAGAAACAGAUCGAGAACGCGAAGCGCUACGGCAUCCCCGUCGUGGUCGCCAUCAACAAAUUCGAAACCGACACGGACGCCGAGGUAGCCGUGAUUCGCGAAGAGGCAAUCGCCGCAGGCGCGGAGGAUGCUAUUCCCGCCAACCACUGGGCGGAGGGCGGUGCCGGAGCCGUCGACCUAGCCAAGGGCGUCAUCAUCGCCAGCUCGAAGCCCAAGGAUUUCAAGCUGCUGUAUGAUCUCGAGGGCACGGUGCAGGAGCGCAUCGAGCGCAUCGGGAAGGAAAUGUACGGCGCCGCGAAGGUGGAGUUCAGUGAGCUUGCGCAGAAGAAGGUCGACUCGUAUACCAAGCAGGGCUUUGGAAACCUCCCAAUCUGCAUUGCGAAGACGCAGUAUUCGCUCAGUCACGAUCCGAACCUCAAGGGUGCGCCGACUGGCUUCACCGUUCCAAUCAGGGAUGUCAGGCUUGCCGUUGGUGCGGGAUAUUUGUACGCACUCGCCGCUGAUAUCCAAACCAUCCCCGGCCUCCCCACUGCGCCCGGAUAUCUCAAUGUCGAUGUUGAUGCCGAGACUGGCGAAAUUGAUGGUCUUUUCUGA